GGGGAGGCGGCGGCGGCGGCGGUGGAGGCCGGGAGCCGGGGCAGGGGGCUCGCCCCGCGGCGCGCAGCAUGGUGCGGGAAACAAGGCACCUGUGGGUGGGCAACCUGCCGGAGAACGUGCGGGAGGAGAAGAUCAUCGAGCACUUCAAGCGAUAUGGACGUGUCGAAAGCGUCAAAAUACUCCCCAAGAGGGGGUCGGAAGGCGGAGUGGCAGCGUUUGUGGAUUUUGUGGACAUCAAAAGUGCGCAGAAGGCGCACAACUCUGUCAACAAAAUGGGCGAUAGAGACCUACGGACGGAUUAUAAUGAACCAGGAACCAUUCCCAGUGCUGCUCGGGGAUUGGAUGAUACAGUUUCCAUAGCAUCUCGUAGUAGAGAGGUUUCUGGGUUCAGAGGAGGUGGGGGGGGGCCCACUUAUGGCCCCCCACCAUCGCUUCAUGCACGGGAAGGACGUUAUGAGCGGAGACUUGAUGGGGCUUCAGAUAACAGGGAGCGUGCUUAUGAACAUAGUGCCUAUGGACACCAUGAACGGGGGACGGGAGGAUUUGAUCGGACAAGACAUUACGAUCAGGAUUACUAUAGAGAUCCUCGAGAGCGGACUUUACAACAUGGGCUCUAUUAUACUUCUCGGAGUCGAAGUCCAAACCGUUUUGAUGCUCACGACCCCCGUUACGAACCUAGGGCCCGGGAACAGUUUACAUUGCCCAGUGUGGUACACAGGGAUAUCUACAGGGAUGAUAUUACACGGGAGGUACGAGGCAGAAGGCCAGAACGGAAUUACCAGCACAGCAGGAGCCGCUCGCCGCAUUCGUCCCAGUCCCGGACCCAGUCCCCGCAGCGGCUGGCCAGCCAGGCCUCCAGGCCCACGCGCUCCCCCAGCGGCAGCGGCUCCAGGAGUCGAUCUUCCAGCAGCGACUCCAUCAGCAGCAGCAGCAGUACCAGCAGUGACAGCAGUGACUCCAGCAGCAGUUCGAGCGAUGAGUCUCCAGCGCGCUCCGUGCAGUCCACAGCGGUCCCCGCGCCUGCAUCCCAGCUGCUUCCAUCUCUGGAGAAAGAUGAACCCAGGAAAAGUUUUGGGAUCAAGGUCCAAAAUCUUCCAGUGCGCUCAACAGAUACAAGCCUUAAAGAUGGACUUUUCCAUGAAUUCAAGAAGUAUGGGAAGGUGACGUCGGUGCAGAUCCAUGGGGCCUCUGAGGAGCGGUAUGGACUGGUGUUCUUCCGACAGCAGGAGGACCAGGAAAAAGCACUGAAUGCCUCCAAAGGAAAGCUUUUCUUUGGCAUGCAGAUUGAAGUGACAGCCUGGAUAGGACCAGAAACAGAAAGUGAGAAUGAAUUUCGUCCUUUGGAUGAAAGGAUAGAUGAGUUUCACCCAAAAGCAACGAGAACUCUCUUCAUUGGCAACCUGGAGAAGACAACCACCUAUCACGACCUUCGCAACAUCUUCCAGCGCUUCGGUGGCAUAGUGGAUAUUGACAUUAAGAAAGUGAAUGGUGUUCCCCAGUAUGCAUUCCUGCAAUACUGUGAUAUUGCAAGUGUGUGUAAAGCAAUUAAGAAGAUGGAUGGGGAAUAUCUUGGAAACAACCGGCUCAAGCUGGGUUUUGGAAAGAGCAUGCCUACAAACUGCGUGUGGUUAGAUGGUCUUUCUACAAACGUUACGGAUCAGUAUUUAACUCGACAUUUCUGCCGAUACGGGCCUGUGGUGAAGGUGGUGUUUGACCGCUUAAAAGGCAUGGCCCUGGUUCUCUACAAUGAGAUUGAAUAUGCACAAGCAGCUGUAAAAGAGACCAAGGGGAGGAAAAUCGGUGGGAAUAAAAUUAAGGUGGAUUUUGCAAAUCGAGAAAGUCAGUUGGCAUUUUAUCAUUCCAUGGAGAAAACAGGUCAGGAUAUCAGAGACUUCUAUGAAAUGCUGGCAGAAAGAAGGGAUGAAAGAAGAGGAUCGUAUGAAUACGCCCCUGAUCGUACUUACUAUGAGACUGUUCGGACUCCCGGGACCUAUCCUGAAGAUCCUCGUCGAGAAUACCCAGCUCGAGGCAGAGAAUUUUAUGCAGAAUGGGAUCCUUACCAAGGAGACUACUAUGACCCUCGAUACUACGAUGACCCACGCGAGUACCGGGAUUACAGGGGUGAUCCAUAUGAGCAAGACAUCAGGGAGUACAGCUACAGACAGCGGGAGAGAGAGAGGGAGAGGGAACGGUUUGAAUCCGAUCGCGACAGAGAUCAUGAGAGGAGACCGAUUGAACGUAGCCAGAGUCCCACGCACUCCAGGCGUCCACAGAGUCCUGGAGCAUCUCCCUCACAAUCAGAAAGGCUGCAGAGUGAUUCAGAGAGGAGGAUCUACAGCAGGUCAUCAGAUCGCAGUGGAAGCUGCAGCUCUCUGUCUCCUCCACGAUACGACAAGCUUGACAAAGCCCGUGUAGAACGUUACACAAAAAAUGAAAAAACAGAGAAAGAGCGAGCUUUUGACCAGGAAAGAGCUGACAAAGACAAACGCUUGGUGAGGAAGGAGAAGCCAGAAAAACUAGAAAAGGAGAAAACGGAUAAGCAAAAACGAAAAGCAAAGAUCCAUUCACCCAGCUCUCAGUCUUCUGAAACUGAUCAAGAGAAUGAGAGAGAGCCCAGCCCUGAAAAAUUAAAGGGCAAUAGUAAACAAAGUAAAGACAGAGGUGACAAAGAAGGGACAGCUAAAAACCGUCUAGAGCUAAUGCCUUGUGUAGUGUUGACCCGAGUAAAAGAAAAGGAAGGGAAGGUUAUUGAUCAGCCUACUUUGGAGAAACUGAGAGCUAAGCUUGAUAAUGACACUAUGAAAACCCCACUUCUUGAACAGAAAACACAGACAUCUCAAGCUGAGCAAACAAAGUCUGAUCAGUCUAAACUGGAACCUGUCAGAACCAAGGUACAAAAAGAGAAAGCCCUUGCCAGUCACAUAGAAGUGGUUGAUAAAGAGGGAAAAAUGAAACCCAAAAAGCACUUGAAGACAGAGCAGACUUCUGAGGGGGCAAAUGCAGUAGAUUUAGACAAGCUGGAGGCUCGCAAAAGACGUUUUGCCGAUGCAAACCUGAAGCUUGACAGGCAAAAACUGGAAGCAAAAAGAGGGAGCCAAGAUGAGGAAGAUGCGCGCGUAGCUUUGAAAAAACAACUUGAUGCAACAGCUUCAUCUAGAGAAGCUACAAUGUUAAGAGAAGGAGAAUUGGAAAGAAAGCCCCUGAGGAAGGAGUUGCUUAAAAGGGAAUCUAAAAAAAUGAGACUGGAAAGACUUAUUCCUGGUACUAGUCCCAAAGAAAUUCAGGAGACUCUUAAUGUUGGUGGGAUUGGCAUGCGUCCCACCCUAGAUUUGCAGGCAAGGCUAAUUGAGGCAGCUGAUGAGCCAGUGGAAAUUCAAGAGCUCCCUUCUAAAAAAUUGAAUCCGGUAAAAUCCCAGCAUAAACAAGCACAGUUACUAGAUGAUCAUGGAACAGAGAGAGAAGACACAAAGAAGAAUUACUCUGGUCUUCCAGAAGACACACCUGACCAUAAGCUUGGCCAAGAGAAACCUCAGUCAACUGAAACAGAGGAGAAAAUUGGCAUUGACAUUGACCACACACAAAGUUAUAGGAAGCAAAUGGAGCAAAGUCGCAGGUUAAAACAGCAGCUGGAAAUGGAGAUUGCAAAAUCUGAGAAGUUUGGCAGUCCAAAGAAAGAUGUAGACGAGUAUGAAAGACGGAGCUUGGUCCACGAGGUGGGAAAACCUCCUCAAGAUGUCACCGAUGACUCUCCACCAAGUAAAAGGAAAAAGGCUGACCAGUUUGACUUUGAAAUUAGCACUAAAAGAGAAAGAAACUACAGAAGUUCCCGUCAGGUGAGUGAAGACUCCGAAAGGACAUCGUGUUCGCCUAGUAUCAGACAAUUCCCUUUCCAUGAAGAUGAUGACACACUAGAUUCUCCAAGGCUCAUACCAUUAAAGGAAACCAAAGAGUCACCUAAAAUAGAAGAAAAAGGUCUUUCCUAUUCCAAUAUGACAGUGAGGGAGGACUCCCUGAAAUUCAAUCCUUAUGAUUCCAGCAGAAGGGAGCAGAUGGCAGAAAUGGCUAAAAUAAAACUGUCUGUCCUGAGUUCUGAAGAUGACUCAAGUAGGUGGGAAACACAAGUGAAGCAAGAGCCUGGGAGAGUUGAUAUUAGCUUUCCAAGCAGCAUUGUCAAAAGAGAUGGCAUACGCAAGCGGUCCGUACGAGACCUGGAACCUGGGGAGGUGCCUUCGGAUUCGGACGAUGACAGUGAAAACAAACCCCAUUCUCCAAAAGCCUCGUCUUUGCUAGAGGGUUCCAGGUUAUCUUUUUUAUUGAGGGACAGAGAAGAGAAACUACGUGAAAGGGAGGAAAGACUGUCGAGUUCUUUAGAAAGAAACAAAUUUUAUUCUUUCGCAUUGGACAAGACAAUCACACCAGACACAAAGGCCUUGCUUGAAAGAGCUAAAUCCCUGUCUUCCUCUAGAGAAGAAAACUGGUCCUUUCUAGACUGGGAUUCAAGAUUUGCUAGUUUUAGAAAUAAUAAAGACAAAGAGAAGGUUGAUUCAGCUCCUAGGCCUAUUCCGUCUUGGUAUAUGAAAAAGAAAAAAAUCAGGACUGAUUCAGAAGGUGGAAAACUGGAUGAUAAGAAAGAAGAUCAUAAAGAAGAAGAACAAGAGAGACAGGAACUGUUCGCUUCUCGUUUUUUGCAUAGUUCAAUCUUUGAACAGGAUUCUAAGCGCCUGCAGCACUUAGAGAGGAAAGAUGAUGAUCUUGACUUCAUUUCUGGUAGAUUGUACGGGAGACAGUCUUCCUCUGAUGGGACUAACAGUGCAGCUGACUUGGUGCAAGAGCCAGUUGUUCUUUUCCACAGUAGAUUUAUUGAACUAACACGAAUGCAGCAAAAAGAAAAAGAGAAAGAUCAGAAACCAAAAGAAGUGGAAAAGCAGGAAGAUAAAGAGAAUCGGCCCAAAACACCAGAAACAGUUCCUGAUAGUAAAGAACCAGAACAUAAAACUUCCUCAGUAGCUGGUCCCUCCUCUGUUGCUGCCCUACCACAGGAACCAACACCAGUUGCUUCUGAGAAGGUGGUAGAAAAAAUAGUAGUGGAAACAACUUCUGUAAAAGAAGAAAAACCAUCCGAGCCUGUUUCUACAGCAGAGGAACAAAAACCUUUUCCUGAACUUGCUGCUCCUGUCAAAAUGGAACCACCUGAGCAAACUGAACCCCCACCAGUCAGUGAAGCUAGUAAAGAUGUUCCUACAGCCGUGGCACCAGAAGAAGAUGCAGUGGCAACAGAACAUCCUUCAUACUUGGAUACCAAACCUCCUACUCCUGGAGCUUCAUUUUCCCAAGUGGACAUCAGUGUAGAUGCAGAACCUGAGAGUGCUCAGUUGAUUCCACCUCCACCAAAGCAAGUUCAGAAGCCUGAUGAGGCUGCUGAACCGAAGGAAGAAAAUCCUCUGCCUCCUGCCAGCACUGACGCUGGUGCAAGUCAAAAGGCUGAGGCAGCUGCUGAGGUCCUGCCUCCUGUUUCUGACAAUGAUAUGGAAGUUGAACCUCCAGUUGUUGUAAAGGAUAAAAAAUCUUACAAGAGUAAACGUUCCAAGACCCCUGUACAGUCAGCAGCAGCUAGUGUCACAGAAAAGCCCGUCACAAGGAAGAGUGAAAGAAUUGACCGUGAAAAACUCAAAAGGUCGAGCUCUCCUCGAGGGGAAGUGCAGAAACUUUCUGAAUUGAAAGUGGAAGCAGAAAAAGUUUCAAGGAAUGCUGCUAAGUCCCCUAGUUCUGCUGCAGAGCCAGAAAAUGUGGAGCCAAGCUUGCCCAUAGGCCGAACGAGGCGCAGAAAUGUCCGGUCAGUCUAUGCUACCACAGGAGACAACGAGGGCCCAUCUCCAGUGAAGGACUUUGUGGAGGUCACUAGAUCCACCAGGAAGAGAGGGGAAAAGGAACCGCAGGAAAUGGUGACGACUGUUCCUACGACACCAAGAAGAGGAAGACCACCCAAAACCCGCCGUAAGCCAGAGGAGGACAUCUCUCCUAUAAAGACAGAGCCGGUACAACAAGAAGUGGAGGAGACUGAAGCUAAGGAAGCUGCAGAAGCUCCUAAGCCUGUGGAAGGUUGGAGGUCUCCUCGAUCCCAGAAGCUGACACACAGUCACUCGUCUGCUGCUACAGGCCAGCAGGGGAAAAAAGGGAAGAAUGAACCAAAAGCUGAUACUUCUGCUGAAUCUGAGGAUGCUGCUGAAAGAAGUGGUCAGGAAUCAAAUGUUAGUGACAACAGCAAUAAAGCAAAAGCAAAUGAGAAAGAGCUGGCAGCAAGUGAACAGAAACGUGAUAGGAAAGAGGUGGAUGCAGAGAAAAAUCAGCUAGAAAUCUCCACCGUUGAGAUGACAGAGAAGAAGCCAGUGCCAGAAAAGGUUACGAAAUCCAAAAGGGGAAGGUACAAAAAUACCAAAACUGUUGUAGAUAAAGCGUCAGUGUGUCUCAAAAACGUAGAAAUACGUCUCAAUGUCGAUGAAGUCAAGGGCGCCUUGCGGCCAGCUGAGGAAGAAGCAGAGCCUAUGGCGGUGUCACCAGCAAAAAUCAAAAGCCCACAGAAAGAAGACAUCUUGCCACCCCACUUCGCUAAGAAUGAGGUCGAAGAUUCAUUCCAGGAGACAGAAAAAGAGGUGAUGCGGGAGCCGAAGCAAUCCCCUGAGGCUGCCCAAUUAGCAAAACAGAUUGAGCUCGAGCAGGCUGUGGAGCAUAUUGCAAAACUCACCGAAACGCCUCCGUCAAUUACUGCCUACAAGGAGCCAACAGCAGAUGUGCAUGAGGUUCGUCAGGAGGAGGAAGGAGACAAACCGGCCCAUCAGGCCAGCGAAACAGAGCUGGCAGCAGCUAUUGGAUCCAUCAUCAAUGAUAUUUCUGGGGAGACGGAAAGCUUUCCUGCACCCCCAACCUAUCCCACUGAAUCGGAAGCAGAAAUCCCAUCUGAGCCGCUGGUGUUACCGUCACCUCGGGAGGAAAUGGAACCCGAAACUGAUCAGGCAGUGAACAACAUCCUUGAGGCAGAAGCUGCUGUCGAGGCUCCAGUGCAGCCGGUUGCUAGCUCUGCCCCACUGGCUGUAGAGACAGAGAGCAAGGACACGGAGGUCAGCUUCAGCGAGUCAUCCAACUCUGCACAGGAGACAGAGACCCUGCAGGAGGCUGAAGUUGCACGGAAGGAAAAGGGCCGUCAGAAGGCCACACGGCAGAGACGCAAAAGGAGCACGGGCAGGAAGGGCGAUGUUGCCGAAGUCAAUGCCUAUGAGCCAGAGAGGGUACAGAGCAGGUCUCCUCCUGCCAGUGAGAUAAAGGCAAAACCUGAAGAAGCCCUGAAGGAGGAAAAGCAACCUAAGGCUGCCACUCAGGUGUCUGUGGAGCCAAGCGCUGCCGAUGGCAGCAAGGCUGCAUCCACAGACAUCAUUGUGGAUGUGCCCGAAGCUGCUGCUGAGAGCAGUGCCUCUCCCAAAGCCCCUGCACCCGCUCCUCUGGACCUGCCAGCCCCGCUGGCUUCUGCCGACGAGGGGAGUCAGAGCAGCUUCAAGAUACGGUCGCCCAUUGAGAACACUCCGAUCACACCACCCAGUGUCCCGAGUGCUGCCGUCCCCACCAUUCCUUUGGCAGCCGUGGCCAAGCUGCCUGCUGCGGUGCCUGCUGCAAUCGUCCCUCUUCACUCCGGCGCUGCCAAGGUGCCCGAGUGGAUCGUAAGGCAUGAAGAGCCCCGUGCCCGGUCCACGCCACCACCUGCUCUCCCCCCUGACACAAAGGCCUCAGACAUCGAUACCAAUUCAAGCACUUUGAGAAAGAUACUCAUGGAACCUAAGUACGUCUCGGCAACGAGCAUCACCUCAACGCAUGUAACGACAACGCACGUGGAGCCAGUGAGUGCACCCCGCUUGGAAGAGGCCCCUCUCCACCCUGUCGUAGAGGCCAUCAAACCAGUUUCGGAGGAGAAGCCGGCCGUGCCCAUCACUAACGCUUUGGACCCACCAGUGGCCGAAGCACCGGUUUUCAGCGAGAAGGAAAAGAUAAGUACUGUGAUUGCCCCCAAAGCCACUUCUGUCAUAAGCAGAAUGCCCCACAGCGUUGACCUGGAGGAAGCUCCAAGGAUCACCUUGGUGAAGCAAGCCCCUCAGACCCAGACGUGUCUCGUUAAUGCCCCGUCACCUAAAUUUAAGCAGAGGUCAAGCUCAAAUGACAACAGUAGGUUUCAUCCAGGAUCGAUGUCCGUCAUUGAGGAUCGGCCUGUAGAGACUGGUUCCAGCCCCGGGCUGCGGGUGAACACGUCGGAAGGCGUUGUGCUGCUGAGUUACUCGGGACAGAAGACGGAAGGCCCGCAGCGAAUUAGCGCAAAGAUCAGUCAGAUUCCCCCAGCCAGCGCUGUUGACAUUGAAUUCCAGCAGUCUGUGUCUAAGUCUCAGAUCAAACAAGAACCUAUCACACCGUCACAGCCGACACCAAAGGGCUCUCAGGCCUCCACGGGGUAUGGGACUGUUUCCACCCAUUCUCCUUUGGUACUGGGAACGCAGCCGUACAAUAUGUCUCCCGUGAUCUCGUCUGUCAAACAGGAGCGCGUUGCGUUGGAGAAGUCCGACUCGGCCCACCUGCCUGCCCAGCCUGCAGCCUCUCAGCCUGGCAAGGUUCUCACACAGACUGUCAACACUCCUCCCGUGCUUGUUGUGAACAAAAAACUGCCCGAUCCGGCAGCUCUGAAAGUGGAGACCAAGACUCUGCAGCCCUCCAACCUGAGUCCUGGGGUCAGUCCUCAUCACCCUUCCCUUUCUGGGAAGAUGCAUUCGGAAGCAAACCACGUCAGCUCGGGUCCCAGCACCCCAACCGACCGGGCUAUUUCCCACCUGGCGGUCACCAAACAGGAGCCGCACUCGCCGCGGACCAGCGGGCACUCUCCGUCACCGUUCCCACGCACGUGUCAUCCCGGCAGCACGUCGUCCCCGGCUUUGUCGAGCAGCACCCCGGUCAUGCUGGCGCCAGGGAUCCCCGUGCCUCAGUACAUCUCCAGCAUGCACCCCGAGCAGUCCGUCAUCAUGCCCCCGCACAGCGUCACGCAGACUGUGUCCCUAGGCCACCUGUCCCAAGGGGAGGUGAGGAUGAACACCCCUCCCCUCUCUGGAAUUUCUUACGGCAUCCGCCCCGAAGCGCUCCACUCCCCCAGAGCAGCUCUGCAACCUCAGAUAGAAAUUAAACCUCAGCGAUCCAGCACGCCCCAACCAGCACCGAUACGAGACAUCGUCAUGCCCCCUCUGUCCUCUCAGCAUCCCCCCGAGGAGGAGAUGCACUACCACCACACCACAGUGUGCAGGGGGCCGGCCCCCGUGCAGCCCGACGUGCUGGUGAUGCAGCCGGAUUACCGCAUGCACCCCACCAGCAUCAGGCUGGAGCAGUACAACGUGCCGCGGGACGUGCGAAUGAUUAUGCAUCCCCACAUGGCUGCUGUGGGUGAGCACCACUCAGAAAGCAGACAGUCCCGGACGCCUGAAGGGGCCGGGAAAACACCACCUGUUAGCAAGACCCCUCAGCCUGGCAAAGAGACACCGAAAUCCUCUGAAGGCAAGAUGGCCCACUCUCCGCACAGCGAGCCCCGGCUGCUCAGCGUUCCUUCCAGCAGCCAGCUCCCUGGCUUGCCGCUGACGCAGCCGGUGGUGGUGCCGCACGGCGUGCAGAUCAUGCACCCCACGGGCAGCUCCUUCCACGACUACCGCUCGGUGUAUGGUGACAUGAGGAAUUACCACACUGCAGCACAGCUUGGCCAUCCACAGUUCCCCGGCGCGUCUCCCAUCGGGCUGCCUUCCCGGAGCAUGACCCCAUCACAGGGUCUCCCAGAGGGUGAACACUCGCACCCCAGCCAGCCCGGACGCAGCAAGACUCCCCAGAUCUCCCAGGAUCCCAAGGGCCCACCGGCAUCAGGGCCUGAACAGAGUCACCACCCCACUGUAAAUAGGCAUGCAGCACAGAUAGACCCUCACGUCCACCUUCAAAGGGCACAAGCGGACACGGGCCAGACCUCCUACCCUUCGCCUGUUGCCAUUUCCAUGAAACAGGAGCUUCCGUCACCGCACCAAGCUCAGGCAGUUCCCAAGCAAUCACUGUUCAUCCCAACAACGUCAGGCCCCGGGGCGCCGCCAGGGCUGCCCCUCAACCGCCCUGAGCCCCAGGCUGCUCUGAAACAGGAGCCGUCUCCUCACCCUGUGUCUCAGAGACCUGUGGAUAUGGUUCAGCUUCUCACGAAAUACCCGAUCGUGUGGCAGGGCCUCUUGGCUCUAAAAAACGACACGGCCGCCGUUCAGCUUCACUUUGUCUCUGGAAACAACGUGCUGGCACACCGCUCCCUGCCUGCACCCGAGGGAGGGCCGCCGCUGCGCAUCGCUCAGCGCAUGCGGCUCGAGGCCUCGCAGCUGGAGGGCGUCGCACGCAGGAUGAUGGUGGAGAGCGAUUACUGCCUGCUCCUGGCCUUACCUUGUGGACGAGACCAGGAAGAUGUUGUGAAUCAGACUGAAUCACUGAAGGCUGCGUUCAUCAGCUACCUGCAGGCUAAACAAGCUGCAGGAAUCAUCAACGUUCCCAACCCUGGCUCUAAUCAGCCUGCCUACGUUCUGCAGAUCUUCCCACCCUGUGAGUUCUCAGAAAGCCACCUGUCCCGCCUGGCCCCCGACCUCCUGGCCAGCAUCUCCAACAUCUCUCCUCACCUGAUGAUCGUCAUUGCGUCGGUAUGAGCUGUUUACUGCUUACUGACUCUUGUUUGUUUGUUUUUUUUUUUUCCAAGGCCCUGCAGCAAAAAAAAAGAAAAAAAAAAAAAACCCACAAAAAAAAAAACCCGAACAAAAAAAAUACAAAACAAAAAAAAUACAAAAAAAAAAACCACAAAAAAAAAAAACCCAUAAAAACACACACACAAAAAAAAUCACAAAAAAUUUAAAUAAAAAAUAAAUGAGAGAGAGAGAGAGAGAAAGUAAAGAAACAAGAAAAUGCUGCCAGACUACCAGCCUCCUGCCCUAACAGGCCUCGAUCAAACUGUUGCUGGGUAGUGGUUCUGCUACCUUGUAUGUUUACAUAUUGCUUUAGCUUAUGGACAACUGAUGCACUCAACAGGCGGACUGGUAUUGGGUUUCCGUGCCUCCUUUUGGGGAAAAUAAAGGACGGCUAUUUUUUUUAACAAAAAGAAAAUAAAUAAAAAAGAACCUGAACUGCCUUUGCACUAAAUUAGUGACUCGGACCUUUGCACAGUUGGAGACAUGCUGUGACGCUCUGGAUGUCUUGACACACACGAACACGCGCCGUGGACUAAACGCAGGACCUGGGAACUUCUGCUGAAUUCUGUGGGUCAAGGAUCAUUUCACACAUUAUUAUUUUUUUGUUGUUGGUUUUUUUUUUUUUUUGUUUUUUCGUUGUUGUUUCGUUUCAUUUUUUUGGGUUUUUUUGUUGUUUUUUUUUUGUUUUUUUUUCUGGAUGUGAACCUUCCUCUCCUCCACCCGCCCCUGCUGCAGCCGUCUUCUCUUCAUCUGGGAUGUACAGUUUACACUGAAAAAAAAAAAAAAAAAAAGAAAAAAAAAAAGAAAAGAAAAAAAAAAGCAAAACAAAAAGGGAGAGCUAUUUUCCUUCCUGGUGGGAUAUGCAGAACUCAGUGGGUGUGUGUAUAUAUAAAUAUAUAUAUAAUAUAUAUAAAUAUAUAUAAUACUGACUUUAAAAGAAAAAGAAAAAAAAAUCAAAUCCCCACAACAUACAUUUUUUUUUAAUCUGUGCCAAAAAUGUGUUUUCAGAGAAAAUCUUAUUUUCAUACUCAGACUUUGUAUUGUCACUCAUUUGUAAGUGCGCUUCAUUUAAACAUGCCCCCCUCCCUCGUCUCAUGAGCUGUGGAAGUGUUAUACACUUGUACAAAGACUUUUUACCCUCCUCCCCUCACCUCCCCUAACACUUAUUAAUUUAUGGAACUGUUUUUCUCAGCGCAGUUUUGUUUUGUGUGUCCAUUGGAUUACAAACUUUAUUAAAAAAUACAAAACA